UAGUAUGCCUCGUAUUGUUAGACGGAGGCAGUAGAUAAGUAUUAGGCAGGAUUAUCUCAAAACAAAGAAAAGAAAUCUCCUGAGAAAGGUCUCAAAGGAAGAAGUGAGAGGAACCAAAACCCUCCUCCUCUCCUCGUCCCCUUGUUGUCUGCAGCAAAAUCAGGGGAAGCCAAUCCAAGUUUCCGAGCCACCCCUGCCGUCGCCGUCCAUCCAUGGGGGUGGACUACUACAAGGUGCUCGGCGUCGGCCGCGGCGCCACCGACGACGAGCUCAAGAAGGCCUACCGCCGCCUCGUCAUGAAGUACCACCCGGACAAGAACCCCUCUCCGCAGGCCGACUCCCUCUUCAAGCAGGUCUCCGAGGCCUACGACGUGCUCAGUGACCCGCAGAAGCGCGCCGUGUACGACCAGUACGGCGAGGACGGGCUCAAGGCGGGCGUGCCGCCGCCAUCCGCCUCCGCCGCGCCCCCGCACGUGCACCCACACGGGCACGGCGGCCCCGGGUUCCGCUUCAGCCCGAGGAGCGCGGACGAGAUCUUCCGCGAGAUGUUCGGUGGCUCCUUCUACGGGCCGGCCCCCGGGGGUCCCGCCCCUUCACCAGGUUUCCAAGGGUUCGGCGCCAGCGCCGCCAGCGGCGGCGGCAUCUCCCCCAGGUCAGGUGAGACGUCCGGGGCGUCGGCGAGGAAGUCGCCGGCGAUCGAGCGGCAGCUGGCCUGUAGCCUCGAGGACCUGCACAAGGGAGCCACCAAGAAGAUGAAGAUCUCCAGGGACGUCCUCGACUCCUCCGGGAAACCGACGAGUGUGGAGGAGAUCCUGACAAUUGAUAUCAAGCCCGGAUGGAAGAAGGGCACAAAGAUCACAUUUCCUGAGAAAGGCAAUGAGACGCGUAAUGUCAUACCAUCAGAUCUAGUUUUCAUAAUAGAAGAACGGGCACACCCCAAAUUCAAGAGAGAUGGGAAUGACCUUGUUUACACACACAAAAUCUCGCUCGUGGAGGCUUUGACUGGUUGUGUCAUCCAACUGACAACUCUGGAUGGCCGAAGUUUAGCCAUUCCCGUAAAGUCUGUUGUCAGUCCCACGUAUGAAGAAGUUGUGCAGGGUGAAGGGAUGCCGAUCACAAAGGAACCGUCUAAAAAAGGGAACCUAAGGAUCAAGUUUCAGAUCAAGUUCCCCACCAAUUUAACAGCUGACCAAAAGGCAGGGGUCCAGCAACUUCUAUCUUAGCUGUUUGUUCCAUAUAAAUCUGUGCUCUUUUCCUUUUGUUAAGCAGUUGGAAAUUGAAUGAGGCUGAAUGUACAAUCACUAUUCUCAUGCUGGUGUAAAGCACGUGCUUUCCUUACUAUUUCUAACUGCACUCUUGAUUGCUAACUGCUGACAGGGUAGUAGUUGUUCACCCAGCUGAUCGACUUUGCUUCCAGAUUAUCUGAUGUUUCCUUGUUUCUGAA